AUGGGCGAGGUGCGUCUCCGCCGCCAGGGCGCAGCGCCCGCAGCAGCCUCUCCAGCCCCCAAAGCUUCGCCCACCCGCCCGCACGACAAGAAGCGCCCUCGCCGCCGCUUCCACGCGUCGCUGCCGCGCGGCUGGCUCGUGCUCGCGGGCUUCGCGGCCUUCUACGCGUCGGCCUUCGCGGUCGUGACCUUCUGGCACACGUGGUUGCCGGCGCCCAAGGGGCAGGACGCGCCCGCCGACGAGUUCUCGGAGGCCCGCGCGCGCGUGGUGCUGGAGCAGAUCAUGAGCUUCGGGUACCGCCCCGUGGGCACCCGAGCCAACGAGGAGCUGACGCCCAAGUACCUGCUGCAGCAGAUCGAAGAGAUCAAGGCUACCAAAGCUGACGGGGUAGGCGUCGAGGUGGACGUGCAAAGGCCCUCGGGGGCCUUCGGCCUGGACUUUAUCGCCCAGUUCCAGAACAUCUACGCCAACGUGACCAACAUCCUCGUCAAGGUCUCGCCGCCCGACGCCUCGCCCGAGGCGCUCAACAACUCGCUGAUGAUCUCGUCCCACUACGACGCGGCGAUUGGCGGCGCGGCGGCGUCGGACGACGGCGUGAACAUCGCCAUCAUGGUGGAGCUGCUGCGGCUGUUCGUGCUGCACCCGCCCCAGCACGCCACGCUCGUGUUCAACUUCAACGGAGCCGAGGAGACCAUCAUGCAGGCGGCGCACGGGUUCAUCACGCAGCACCCGUGGACGGACACCAUCCGAGCCUUCAUCAACCUGGAAGCGGCAGGUGCUGGAGGCCGCGAGCUGCUCUUCCAGACGGGCAGCGACGAGCUCGCACUCGCUUAUGCUCAAGGAGCCAAGUAUCCACACGCAAGCAUCAUUGCACAGGAGUUGUUCCAGUCGGGCAUUAUCCCCGCGGAUACAGACUACCGGAUCUACCGUGACUUCGGCUACGUCGCUGGCAUGGACUUCGCCUACAUCGCUAACGGCUACGUUUACCACACGGAGCUGGACGACGUGUCUCGCAUCCAGCAAGGUGCAGUGCAGCGUCUGGGAGAGAACGUCAUCGGUGUGGUGAACCAGUUGGGCAACGAGCCUGGGCGCUUGAAGAAAGUGUCGGAAAACCCGCAGAGCUCUAACACGUUCUUCUCGGACGUCAUGGGCCUUACGAUGGUGACUGCGAGCAAGGAGACGACGUUCGUUCUCUGUGGUGGAGUGCUUCUGCUGGCGGUGAUCUACCUCCUGCUUUCCAAUGUUUCGUUCUCGGAGCGGUUGACCGCCUUUGUGCUGAUUACACGAUGCUUCGGCGCCGCAAUUGCCUCGUCAUUGACGGUGGCUAUCCUGCUGAGUCUGUAUGCCCCUCUUCCGUGGUACUCCCAGCCGUACCUGGCAGGCGUGCUCUUCCUCUCGCCGGCGCUCGCAGGAAUGCUGCAUCAACUGGCAUCGGUGCUGGAGAAGAAGGACGGCAAAGUGACCCCCGAAGCGCUGUGGCGCCUUGAAGAAAGUCUCUUUGAGGCCAUGAUGUGCAUUUGGAUGGGGGCGUUGGCGAUCUGCAUGCAGCUGGGCCUGAUCUCGAGUUACGUUCUGGCAGUGUGGAUCUUCUUCCCGUUGGUGGGGCAGGUGCUGUGCCAGCUAUUACAGCGAGUCCGCAUCUACUCGUCGACCAUGUACAUCUGCAUCUCGCUUGGCGCAAUGAUCAUCCCCGUGAUCCAUACGAUGUGCUGCUUUGCGAUCGCGCUGAUGUUCUUUAUCCCGUUACUUGGGCGGAGUGGGCCAGUGGUGCCCCCGGACGUGGUGCUUUCGCUCUUGAUGUGCAUCAUCCUCGUGAUCAUGGUUUCGUAUUCAGGUCGCGUGUUUUGCUUCCUUCCGGCGAAGCAGCUCAAACGGGUUCGGGAUGUUUUCAUCCUUCUCACCGUGGCUUCAACCGCGUAUGCAUCGAUCCGCAACCCUUACUCUGAUAUUUGCCCGAAACGUAUCAUGCUUCAGCACGUUCAGCGUGAAGUUGUGCUUCCCAACGGAGACGUACAGACCGAUUCGGGGCUUUGGAUCAACUCGCUUGACUUCCGCGGACCAGAUCCUAUCAAGAGCAACCUAGCCAACACGCAAUGGAGGGAUGCCCGCAUGCAAGUUGCCCCUGAAGAGCUGCACGAGCAGGCAGAAGUGUACGGUCACAUGCCGUGGUCUCUUCCAGUGAAGCACAUGCUUCCUGAAGACAAGUCUUGGUACCUCCCGGCUGCUGCACCCGCCAUUCCGAGCGAUGCCCCUAAAGCCAAGCUGGAGGUCCUGUUGUCAACGUAUUCGGCGGAGUCGGAUCGGCGCAAGAUCCACUUAUUCUUCACGGGGCCAUCUCACAUGAACCUCUUCAUUGAUGCCAAGAAGACCAAAUUGACUUCAUGGUCGAUGGGAAAUGGUGUCAGCGGGCCAGUGGCGGAGACUGAGGACGCGUACAUUCUGCAGUUCUGCAGCGGCACCGUUCCGUCAAGUUACCACUUCUGGAUCGAGGCGGAGUCCAACAAGCCGAUUGACGUGGCCUUCGUCGGCCACUUCCUCGAAGUCACGACUCCUGAGAUGAAGGAGUUCUCCGACGUGCUGCCAUCCUGGACCGUUGUUGCUUCCGCCGUGUCCACAUGGACGAAGAUGCAGAUCUAGAAGUCUUCCUGACCCCCUCACGUGUGUUCGUAUGCUCUUCGGUAUUUUUUAAAGAAAACUUACAAUACCGGUAGGCAUUUUUUUCACUAUCGGACGCGUGU